AUGGAACCACUUACAACCCCUGAUCCGGUCCGGUUCUCCAAGGCCGUGGGGCUGCCCUUCAUCGGCUCGAACACAAGCGGCAAGAUUUGGUUGUUUGCAGAAGAAGGCUCAACUUUUGAUGUUGAUUGGUACUCCGAACAAAUCUUUCACGGGAGGCUCAAGUCACAUCGCAUUGCUAGCCCUCUAGCUAUCUCGGCCGUGUACGCCAAAUGCACAAGAUCUGAGAGAUACCUUUUGUGGGAUAAGAUGAGAGAGAUCGCUGGAACCCUCGAGGGAAUACCAUGGAUUAUAGGUGGUGACUUCAACACCAUUCUAUCCCACCGGGACAGAACUGGGAGCGACACCAACUGGCAGGCCGAGAUGGUCAAUUUUGCGGAGGCAAUUGAGGAUUGCCUACUCGUGGACCCAGGGUUCGAUGGGGCGGAAUUUACUUGGGCCAAAAACGGUUUAUUCGAGGCCACCCGAGUAACGAACCUCCCACGGAUCGCCUCGGAUCACGGACCUGUCCUAGCACGAUGCAAAAUGUCGGACAUUGCCAUCGGGGGGAAGGGAUUCAGGUUCCAGAACAUGUGGAUCCGACAUGAGGGAUUAUUGGCUAUAGUUAAGAAUGCAUGGGAAGAGCCCACUGGGGCGGGCGGCCUUCUUAACAUCCAAAUUAAACAUUCCGGAGUUAAAAGAGCACUAAAGGAGUGGAACAAAGAGGUUUUCGGGACCUUUUGA